AUGCUAGACAAGGAAGACUUGGGGCUCAGCUUAAGCUUGAGCUUCCCGCCUCAUCAUCACCACCACCAUGCUCCUCUCCACCUCAAUCUCAUGCCUUCUUCCGUUUCAUCCUCUUCCUCCUCCUCCGGGAUGAACCACGCCGCUCAAAUCCUCAAUCCUUCCUCCGAUCUGAAUUCGGACCCGAACCGGGGCGAGACGGCGAUACCGUUCCUCCGCGGGAUCGAUGUGAACCGGCUCCCGACGGCCGAUUGCGACGAGGAGCCCGGAGUUUCUUCUCCCAACAGUACCGUUUCGAGUAUUAGCGGCAAGAGGAGCGAGAGGGAUCAACCAGCUACCACCGGAUCCGGCGGAGAGGAUCUCUACGCCGACGAGGAAGACGGAGACACCUCCCGGAAGAAGCUCCGGUUGUCCAAAGAUCAGUCCGCCGUUCUCGAAGAUAGCUUCAAGGAGCACAACACUCUCAAUCCUAAGCAAAAGACGGCACUUGCUAAGCAAUUGGGCCUUCAGCCCAGACAAGUGGAGGUAUGGUUCCAGAACAGACGGGCCAGGACCAAGCUGAAGCAAACGGAGGUGGACUGCGAGUUCUUGAAGCGAUGCUGCGAGAAUCUAACGGAGGAGAAUCGGCGGUUGCAGAAAGAGGUGCAGGAACUGAGAGCACUCAAACUUUCCCCGCAGUUCUACAUGCAGAUGACCCCACCAACCACGCUCACCAUGUGCCCUUCGUGUGAGCGUGUCGCGGUCCCGCCGUCAUCCACCUCAUCACCACCUGUUGUGGCGGCGACGAGGGUUGGAUCGUCGCCGUUGCCGAUGAUGAGCACCGCAACGGCCCACCACCAUCGGUCCAUGGCUGCGAUUAACCCAUGGGCUGUUGGUGGGCCGUUCAACGUGCUUCGUCCUCUAUCGUAG